CCUGGGUGUACACAUUUUAGAUCUUUUGACAGACGACGGGGAAAUUAAGAAAACAGCAAUAAUCUAGGACAAUUAGGUCUCUGACCAAGGGUCAUGGAGUUUGCAGAGUUUAUUCAGACUGCGAAAGUGGACAAUGUCCGUUUGAGGACGCCGUUUCAGGCUGCUGUAGAAGGGACGCUUUGCAUCACGGGACACCAUCUGAUUCUGUCGUCACGUGAAGAAGACUGCGCAGAGGAAUUAUGGCUGUUACAUAGCAGUAUAGACAGUGUGGAGAAGAGGUUAGCUGGGCCAGGAGGGACUCUCACCCUCAGGUGUAAAGACUUCAGUCUUUAUUACUUGGACAUCCCCAUUGCUGAGAAAUGUCUUCAUGUGGCCAGCUCAGUGGAGCAGCUCUCCAAUAUAGAUAACUUUGCUCUGAAGUACCCAUUCUUUUAUCGGAGCAGUUUUGAGGUGAUGGAGGAUGGCUGGCAGACAUUUCUCCCCGAGACAGAAUUUACACGCUUCAAAGAGUGCUCUGAGGACUGGCGACUCAGUUAUGUCAACAAGGAUUACUCUGUCUGCCCUUCAUACCCACGAGCUGUUAUCGUGCCCAAGUCAAUAGACGAUGAUUUGCUGAUUAAGGUAGCAGGGUUUCGGUACAACGGCCGCUUCCCCGUCCUCAGCUAUUACCACCGAGACAGUAAAAGUGUUAUGAUGCGAAGUUCUCAGCCAUUGACUGGCCCAAAUGGUAAACGGUGUAAGGAGGACGAGAGAUUGGUCAACGCUGUCCUCGGCAUAGGAAAGAGAGGCUACAUCAUUGACACCCGUUCCCCUAACUGGGCAAAAUUGGCUCAAGCCAAAGGAGGUGGAUUUGAACCGGAGGCUCACUAUCCCCAGUGGAGGAGAAUCCACCACCCCAUAGCGCGAGGCCAGGUGUUACAUGAGUCCCUUAUUAAACUGAUCGAAGCCUGUAAUGAGAGCAAUGCCAGUAUGGACAAAUGGCUGUCUAAACUGGAGUCCAGUAACUGGCUGUCUCACAUCAAGGAUAUCCUCUACUGCUCCUGUGUGGUGGCCCAGUGUGUGGAUAAGGAAGGAGCUUCUGUUCUGGUGCAUGGCUCAGAAGGAACAGACUCCACACUGCAGAUUACCUCCCUUUCCCAGCUAAUUCUUGACCAUGACUGUCGCACAGUCAGAGGGUUUGAGGCCCUGGUUGAGAGAGAAUGGCUGCAAGCCGGCCAUCCAUUUGAGGUGCGGUGCUCCAAAUCGGCGUUUGCGGUCACUAAACAUCGUCAGGAGUCACCGGUCUUCCUGAUGUUUCUGGACUGUGUCUGGCAGAUCUGGCAACAAUUCCCAUGUUCAUUCGAGUUCAAUGAAGACUUCCUAACCAUCCUGUUCCAGCAUGCUUAUUCCUCACAGUUUGGUACAUUUCUAGGUAACAAUGAGUUUGAGCGUAAACAGCAUCGGCUGACAGCCAAGACUGUGUCUCUGUGGUCAUUCCUGAACCGACCAGAAGUCCUACAGGAGUAUCUGAAUCCGAUGUAUGACCCAAACCCUAGUGUGAUAUGGCCAUCAGUGGCCCCACAGAGCCUGACAUUAUGGUCCGGCUUGUAUCAGAGGUACCAGAUUGACCUCUCACCUCAGAAGGAGGCUUGGGCAGAAAUUGUGAAAAUCCGGGAACAUGAUAAAGAGUUGAGGUCAAAGGUCGCCAAAUUAAGGAGGCAAUUGGCAGCUUUAGAGAAGGAAGCAGUGGCGGCAAAUGUGAUAUUACCUGAGGGACUGGACCCAAAAGAAGCUAAUUCUCCCUAAACUGACUAGGUUUCACAGCUACAACUAACUGUAGUGUAGAGCAUACAAAGGCUUGCCUGCUGCUGGAAGCAGGGGAUUUCGCAGCUCUCCAAAUAUUUACAUAUUCAUGUGCAUAAGAGAAACUUCUAUUGGCAGUAAUUUGUACAUGUAGUAUGUGUAUGCAUAGGCACAUUGGUGAUGAUUUGUACCCAACAGGCUUUCAUUAGAGCUCACAGACCACUUGCACAAAGAUCUCUGUGGUCAAGUUGCUAAUGUUGGCUUUCUCUCCGGCAGUAUGUAGGAAGGUGUGACAGCAACCUGCGGAUGGUCGUUGGAUUGCCCCGGGGCUCUGCCCGGUUUCCUGCCACCAUAAUGCUAACCGCCGUCGUAUAAGUGAAAUAUUCUUGAGGACGGCGUAAAACACCAAUCAGAUAUAUAUAAUGAAUAAAUGUUACACCCAUGUAACUAAGUGGCAACAUAAUGCCUACUACUGUGCUGUUUGUCAUGGCAGUUACAUAAAUGGGACACUAAGAGGACUUU